AUGUCGACGACCCACCCUUCCACACAAGAGCUCCACUCGUUGUUUCCUCGAUGGCACGUCAAGCGACGAGACGCAAGUCUAGUAAAGCGCCUCGGUAUGCGCUGUCUGGAAACUUUGUUCGUCGCCGCAGCCAUGUAUAUUCUCCCAACACUCAUUCACGGCAUCGUACAGAGUUUCGACCAUCUCUAUGAACUCAUGGGCCGUCGAGCACCGUCACCAUUCAUCAAUUCGACGUCUUGGUGGAACAUCGUGGUCGCAAUGACAUUGCUACUUAAUUGGCAUAUCUGGCUCGGGCGGCUGAGUUAUCAAGUCGAGCUGAAGAACACAAAAGACAGAUCAUCAUGGGGAAGGAUCCUUGGACAAGUUGGCAUACCGUUGCUGUUGCUUGUAUUAGGGAGCCAUUCUGUGUAUCAGGUUAUUGGGCGCUUGGGGUCGCCUCUUCCCUUUGUUGGUAUGGGAAACGUUGAAGGAAACAGCCGAUUAGAGACAGAAGGAAGGGAACUAUGA